UUGCUAGACAACAUCACAUCAUCGCGAUCUGUCAAUAGAGACAUAGUCAGUUACUAUACUUUUAAUAAUCAUGUAUAAAAUUGUAUCAUUCUUGGCCGUCUGCGUGUCAGUUGUGGCUUCAGCUCCAUCAGGUCUCUUGUAUGGUCAUGGAGUCGGCUUAGCUGGACCUGUUCUUGGAGCAGCUGGUCUUGCUGGACCAGCAGUUGGACCUGCCGCCCUUUCAGGACCUGUUGCUGGACCAGCUAGAAUUUCUGGUGCUGUUGAUGGAGGUGCAGUCGUAACUGGAUCAGUUGCUGGACCAUCAGUUGUUUCUGGUAGCGUUGUUGGUGGUACUGCUGUUGUUGAACCUGGUUACGGUUAUGGUCUUGGAUACGGAUGGAAUGGACUAGCAGCUCAUGGUGCUCAUGGAGCUGUACUGGCUGGUCCUGUAUUAGGUCAUGCUGCUAUCUCUGGUCCUGCUGCACUCCCAGCAGUUGUGGCUGGACCCUCUGGAAGUAUUGUUGCUGGAGGAGGUUACGGGCAUGGACAUAGAUGGUGGGGGCAUUAAUCAUUUCGAUAGACUUCGACAACCCGGAAUUUACUCGACUACCACUUAUCGACCUCAUAUUAAAUACGACUCAUGAUCUCCGUAUAUUUUACCUCUUUUUUGUAUAAUUUGGAAUAUAUACCUCGCUACUUGUAUAUAACAAAUAUUUUUUCAAAAUGUGUAUCAAUUUUUUUUUGCAAAUAAAAAAUUAAUAACAUAAAAAA